GGGGGGCGGGGGGUCAAAGCCGCUGACCACCAGCCGGCGCUCAGUCUCCCAGCGGUGCGUCGCCAGGUUGCGGGUCCCGGGACCUUAAGGCUCUAACGCCCCCCGCGCCCCCGCAGGUCGAUCGGGCUCCUCCGCUGCCCACAUGGCCCUGAGAGGCGUCUCCGCGCGGCUGCUGCGCUGCGGGCCCGGCCUGCGCGCUUGGAGCUCCGCCGCCCCGCGGGCCGAAAAGAGCGGGAAGGGCCAGAGCCGAGCAUCCAAGGCCUCGCGCCCCGAGUUCGACUGGAGGGACCCCCUGGUGCUGGAGGAGCAGCUGACGGCAGAUGAGAUCCUCAUCCGGGACACCUUCCGCACCUACUGCCAGGAGCGCCUCAUGCCCCGGAUCCUGCUGGCCAACCGCAACGAGGUCUUCCACCGCGAGAUCAUCUCCGAGAUGGGAGAGCUGGGCGUGCUGGGCCCCACCAUCAAAGGCUAUGGCUGUGCUGGGGUCUCCUCCGUGGCCUAUGGGCUCCUGGCCCGAGAGCUCGAGCGGGUGGACAGCGGCUACCGGUCGGCCAUGAGCGUCCAGUCUUCUCUGGUCAUGCAUCCCAUCUUCGCCUACGGCAGCGAGGAGCAGCGCCAGAAGUACCUGCCACGGCUGGCUAAAGGAGAGCUUCUGGGGUGUUUCGGGCUCACAGAGCCCAACCACGGCAGCGACCCCGGAAGCAUGGAGACCCGCGCCCGCUACAACCCCUCAACCAAGACCUACACCCUCAACGGAGCCAAGACCUGGAUCACCAACUCGCCUGUGGCCGACCUGUUUGUGGUGUGGGCUCGGGAUGAUAAUGGCAAGAUCUGUGGCUUCCUGCUGGAGCGGGGGACACCUGGCCUCUCCACUCCCAAGAUCGAGGGCAAGUUCUCCCUGCGGGCCUCGGCCACUGGCAUGAUUCUCAUGGACGGCGUGGAGGUGCCUGAGGAGAACAUGCUACCCAGCGCUUCGGGGCUGGGGGGCCCCUUUGGCUGUCUGAACAACGCCCGCUUCGGCAUCGCCUGGGGUGUGCUGGGAGCCGCGGAGUUCUGCCUGCACACGGCCCGACAGUACACCCUGGACAGGUUCCAGUUCGGGGCCCCGCUGGCCCAGAACCAGCUGAUCCAGAAGAAGCUGGCGGACAUGCUGACGGAGAUCACACUGGGCCUGCACGCCUGCCUGCAGCUGGGCCGCCUCAAGGACCAGGACAAGGCCGCCCCCGAGAUGGUGUCGCUGCUCAAGAGGAACAACUGCGGGAAGGCGCUGGACGUGGCCCGCCAGGCCCGCGACAUGCUGGGGGGCAACGGGGUCAGUGAUGAGUAUCACGUGAUCCGCCACGCGCUCAACCUGGAGGCCGUCAACACCUACGAAGGGACACACGACAUCCACGCCCUGAUCCUCGGAAGAGCCAUCACCGGAAUCCAGGCCUUCACAGCCGGCAAGUGACCCACUGAUGCUGGAAUGGUGGGGCCGCCCACCCCACACCCCACAGGUGGGAAGAAGAGGGAGAAACCGCUGUCAGAAGCUCCCAGGCCACGCGGAGAGCCCAUCUGGACUGAGAGACCUGUUUGCCAGAGACCUGAGCCUUCUCCCUGAGAAGACUUGGGUUUGAAGCCCAGUACCCCCUGCAAGGCACUCUUGCACUAGGGGAAGCUCUGUGGUCGCCACCUGCCCGCAGCCCUGGCCCUCCGCCUGAGAACGUGCCUUACUCCCGGUGCCACAGAUGCCAAAUAAAAGAGUCUGUGAGCAGGGCCGCUU